ACGCUUCUGUAAUUGAGCUAAAUGUUAAUUUAUGACGACCGCGCACGUAGGAAUACUUUAUGAAAACAUUUACAAUUUUACUAAUACCACAUCGAAUAUAAUGCCGUUGGCAACUCUAACAGUUCCAUGGUCAGAGCAACAUGUAAACGAGAAGCAAUCUGUAGAUAUUCUUCCAGCAGAAGCUCAAGAGGAAGCGAUGACUCAAGGAAAUGUGAUUGAAUCGCGUUCAAAUGAAUGUUCUGAGUCACAUGAAAUUGAACUACGCGAAGUGGUUCGGGAUGGUCAUGAAAAGGCAGGUCCAUCUCAGUUUGAACUGCUCAAAGUUCUUGGUCAAGGAUCCUUUGGAAAGGUAUUCUUAGUGAGGAAAGUUGUUGGUAAAGAUAGUGGAACGCUUUAUGCCAUGAAAGUUCUGAAAAAAGCUACAUUAAAAGUUCGGGACAGAGUUAGGACGAAAAUGGAGAGAAAUAUAUUAGUGGAUGUUGAGCAUCCAUUCAUAGUUCGGCUACAUUAUGCAUUCCAAACAGAAGGGAAACUCUAUUUAAUUUUAGACUUCUUAAGAGGUGGUGAUCUGUUUUCAAGAUUAGCUAAGGAGGUAAUGUUUACCGAGGAUGAUGUAAAAUUUUACUUAGCCGAGCUUGCUCUUGCGUUGGAUCAUAUUCAUAAGCUUGGAAUCAUUUAUAGAGAUCUCAAACCAGAAAAUAUUUUGCUUGAUACCGAAGGCCAUAUAUCUUUAACUGACUUUGGUCUAAGUAAACAGCCCUUAGAUGAUUGUAAGGCAUAUUCAUUUUGCGGUACCGUAGAAUAUAUGGCACCCGAAAUAGUGAAUCGGAAAGGUCAUUCGUUUGCUGCUGACUGGUGGAGUUUUGGUGUUCUUAUGUUUGAGAUGCUGACCGGAGCUCUUCCAUUUCAAGGUGCAAAUCGCAAAGAAACGAUGACCCAAAUAUUAAAGGCAAAACUUGGUAUGCCAAUUAAUAUUUCACCAGAAGCUCAAGCACUUUUGAGAGUGCUUUUUAAGAGAAACCCCGCGAACAGGCUUGGAUCUGGUGGAGUAGAAGAAAUAAAAAAUCAUGUGUUCUUUGCUACAAUUGAUUGGGAUGCUCUUUAUAAAAAAGAAAUAAAACCUCCUUUUAAGCCGGCUGUUAGUCAAAAAGAUGAUGCAUUUUAUUUUGAUAGCGAAUUUACGUGUAAAACGCCUAAAGAUUCUCCUGGGGUACCACCAAGUGCUAAUGCCCACGAAUUAUUUCGUGGCUUUAGUUUUGUCGCGCCGUGCCUUCUUGAGGAUCAUCUUAAAACUCCUGAAUAUAAAAACUGUGAUAGUCUCAGUGCAACAUUUCCUACAUAUGUGAACCUCGUUCCCGUAACUGACGAGUAUGAGUUUAAGCAAGAAAUCGGUAAAGGAAGCUAUAGUACAGUUUACGUAGUUGUACAUAAGGUUUCUAAGAUAGAGUAUGCUGUGAAGGUAAUUGAAAAAUCAAAAAGAGAUCCAACGGAAGAGAUAGAAAUUUUAUUACGAUAUGGAAGACACCCUCAUAUUGUAACUUUGAGAGCUGUUCACGAAGACGAGAAACGAGCUUAUCUUGUAUUAGAACUGUUGCGAGGUGGAGAGUUACUAGAUCGUUUGUUACAAAGGCGCAAUCUAACAGAAAGGGAAGCUGCCGAAGUGAUGUAUACAAUUGCUAGCGUAGUUCAUUAUCUUCAUGAAAAUGGAGUUGUUCAUAGAGAUUUAAAGCCAUCUAAUAUAUUGUAUUCAAAACCCGGAGGUGAUCCAACAACACUUUGCCUGUGUGAUCUUGGAUUCGCGAAACAAUUGCGAGCUGAAAAUGGUUUAUUAAUGACACCCUGUUACACGGCGAACUUUGUAGCACCGGAAGUAUUGAAACGCCAAGGCUACGAUGCAGCAUGUGAUAUUUGGUCACUCGGUGUUUUAUUGUACAUCAUGUUAGCAGGAUAUACACCAUUUCGUAAUAGCCCCGGUGAUAGCGCAACAGAUAUACUAGACCGUAUUGGACCUGGUUAUAUCGAUGUUGAGAGUGGUAUAUGGUGUCAAAUUUCUAACGAAGCUAAAGAACUCGUUAAAAGAAUGUUACACGUUGAUCCUAACAGAAGGCCUACCGCAGCUGCCAUUUUAAAGUACUCGUGGAUUGCCAAUCGGCACCGUCUUCCUCAGAAAGUAUUACCUGAUAGCACUAAGGAUCCGCACAGCCUAAAAAGGGCGGUAGCAGCAACGUACAGAGCUAUGUCUAGUAGUCCGAGAUCUCCUCAUAUUGGACCAGUCGUUAUGUCUGAACUGGCACGACGGAGAACACAAGCGAAACCAUCUGGUCCUACCGAAGUUUAAAAUAAAUCUUCCACUCGAUAUUUGUAAAAAAGUGAAGAUAGAACUGAAUAAAAGGAUUUCAAUUCAAACAAAUCUGCCACGCACACGUUACAUUACGUAAAAGUACAAGGGAAAGACAUUGAAUGUCACUAUUACGAUUAUUACUCUAACUACUACAUUGCUACUUCUACUACCGUUGUUAUUAUAACGUUUGUCGAGUGUGAGUGAGUAUCUGUAUCGAUGAACACAAUGUGAUAUUUAUUUAUACAUUAUUAUUAUUUUUUUUUUUCUUUUUUUUUUACGUUGCUCGUACAUGCAUGCAUUUUUACAUGUAUGCAUUGCCAUACCGACAUUGAGAAUACUUUAAUCAUAGCAACCAAAAUAUAGUAAUUUAAAAUGAAAUAUAUAGUAUAUUUUAAA